AUGUUGAGCAACCGACCAGCCACACCAUUUCCCGCUUCCCCCAUUUUAGGUGAAGACAAAAAGGAGUUAAAUACUCAGGAUAACAUCCACAAUACUCCACCAUCCAAACUUCGUUUACCAUCCAGGCUACCUUCUUUCAGCAGCCCACGAGGUGCAUCUUUCCGGUCAAUAAGCGAACGUCGGAGUGGCGAGCGGCCUACUUUUGAAUUGUCGUGCGGCCCGGUGCCAGCUAUCUUUCGUAACAAGAGGAUUGACAUGAAUCGAUUGAAGAAUAUCGACCUCGACAAGGCCUUUGGACCUUCGAAGAGAAGAUCUGUUUCCGGUACCAACCACCAAGGUCUCGGAUUAGCUGAACGUGGAGCAGGCAUGAUGUCAGGCUCUCGCUUACAACAAUCUGAACUCAUCCAUAAGCGCUUGAGUUGUUCUGUCAACGGCAGAUAA